AGAACCUGCUGAGUGCAAACGUGCGAUUAGUGUGUGUUAGCUAAAUGCGUCUCUUCUGCUUUUAAACGGUCUCCUUUUUCUUGUAAGUUUUGUUUUGCCAGCUAAUGGACUUGUGAAUGCUGCGUGUUUUUUUUGUUGUUUUUUUUUAGACAUUCCCGCCCGUCAAACGCAUACAUUUAUUAGCCAACAGAGCUACCGACCUGUCUGUAGUGAGAGUGUGCGCUUCCCCUCCCCUCGAUGAAGCGCUGCGAUGCCCUCUGAUUUUAUAUCCCUCCUUAGCUCGGAUCUCGACCUCAAUUCUCCCAAGUCUCUAUACUCUAAAGAGUCAGUAUAUGACCUCCUCCCCAAAGAGCUCCAACUCCAGCCUGCAUCCACCCAGACAGACCCAUCCACCAUGAGUCAGAAGAGUGGGGGAGAGGCUGGACCUCCCCCCUCCACUGCCCUGGCUUCAGAUGCCACAUCUGCCAUCUCAAGCCCCUCUGCCUCUUCCUCCCUGGCCAUGGGAGUUCCAUGCUCUGGUCCCUCAACUGGCCUCACAACCUCAGACCACAUCAAGGUUCCCUCACAUCUCCACCCCACUGGAGGAGAUGGAGCUGGAGUUUCAGAAAUGCAAUGCUUGGAGGGUGCAGCGUCUGCCCCCAGCAGAGUCAACAGUGGCACCAGUACUACAGUUGGAGACAUGGGGACAGGAGUAUUGUCAGGAAUAGGAGUGCAGCAGCCUCAGAACACACCUUCAAAAUGGAGGCCUGUGCUGAGCAUUUCCCCACCGCCGGAGGACCUAUUCGAUGAUAGUCAGAUGUCUUGCCAAGAGGAGCCCCCUGUAUCUGGUCCAACAGGUCCAGACUCAGAGCAUAGCAGCAGCAUGUGGGCUGAUGACUCUGCCUCUAAUUUCAGCUUGCUCAGCUCCAUCUCCUACAAUGACAACACAGAGGUACCACGAAAGUCUAGAAAACGCACCACGCGCCAACGGCCUGGCCCCAAGCCUACUCCUCCAGAGGACAGCAUGGAUGUUUUUGAUGCAGACAGCGCCAAAGCUCCUCACUUUGUCCUGUCCCAGCUGGGUCCAGACAAGACCAGUCCCUUGGCCAGCACUGUUGAAUCGGGAGCUGUGAUGAAGGGGGGGUUGUUGUCAUGUCAGUUCCCCCAAAGGAUUGAUGGGAAGGAACUAAAGAUUCUGGUCCAGCCAGAGACACAGCACAGAGCUCGCUAUCUGACCGAGGGCAGCCGAGGUUCUGUUAAAGAUGCCACACAGCAGGGAUUCCCAACUAUUAAGUUGGAAGGUGUGAAUGAACCAGUUGUGCUGCAAGUGUUUGUAGCAAAUGAUGCAGGCAGAGUGAAGCCGCAUGGCUUCUACCAAGCAUGUCGAGUGACUGGACGUAACACCACUGCCUGCAAGGAGGUUGACAUAGAGGGCACCACUGUUAUUGAGGUCCCUUUGGAGCCCAGCAAUGACAUGACACUCGCAGUGGACUGUGUAGGCAUUUUAAAGCUUCGUAAUGCAGAUGUGGAGGCUCGUAUCGGGGUGGCAGGGUCCAAGAAAAAAAGUACUCGUGCCAGGCUGGCCUUCAGAGUCAACAUUCCCCAACCUGACGGAUCAGUUCUUACCUUACAGGUCCCCUCAUCACCCAUUCUCUGCACUCAGCCAGCAGGAGUGCCAGAAAUUUUGAAGAAGAGCCUUCACAGCUGCUCAGUGAGAGGAGGAGAGGAAGUGUUCAUCAUUGGAAAGAACUUCCUGAAAGGAACCAAAGUUAUUUUUCAAGAGAACAUUGCAGAUGAUGGUUCUUGGCAAGCUGAAGCAAAGAUCGAUAUGGACCUAUUCCAUCAGAAUCAUUUGAUAGUGUCAGUCCCUCCAUUCCACGACCAGUCAAUCACUUCUUCAGUUUCUGUGGGAAUCUUUGUGAUGACCAACGCCGGUAAAUCCCAUGAUGCCCAGUCCUUCACUUACACUCCAGACUCAGCGGAUAAUACAGUUGUGAUGGCAGUAAAAUCAGAGGGACCCUCCUCGGUCAAAUCAUGUGUAUUUGACAGCCAGAUCAAAUCUGUGACCCCUGACCAGACUGACUGUUCUGGUCAGCCAUCCAAACGUCAAGAGGACAUGCCAAUGGAAGUCUCAAGCAAUCCGCCGCCUACCUCAGUCUUCAAGGCAUCUCCUGAUCCUCUGGUCUCAGUGCAGCAGAGCCUGGGACUCAGCUCCAGUCCUCACACAAGUGCAGAGUCCUUUCCAAACCCACUACCCUUACAACCUGUGAAUGUGGAUAUUCCACAGCCAUCCUCAGUCUUCCCCACUCUAGAGUCACUUAGCACCAUACCAAAGCAGGAAAUCUCCACAACGUCCUUCCCUGUGUCAGGAGAUCCCACAAUUCCCCCUGUUACACCAGAAGUUCCACAACAGUUCCUCAGAGAUCAUCAGGACAGCCUGCCAUCUGAGAGUUCUAGUAAUACUGGCGGGGUCGUAGUUGUGGCCAUGUCCCAGAUAGCAGCCCCUGCUCAGCCUCAACCACAAUCGUCACAGGUUUCCCUGUUCCCCCAGGAUGGGGUGGCUCAGCUUGAGAGAGCAGUGAGAGAACUGCAGGCCGGAAGCAACACUACCCUGCAGCAGGUGUUUGAGGCAGCUGUGGUUCAGCAGCAGCUGAAUUCUGUGCUCUACAACACCACUGCUUCUGCAGACUCCCUCCAGCAGCAUGUCCAGGAGAACAUGAACAGCCUGAGACUGGGAACCACUGAUAGCGCCAUUGCUACGCAGCAACAGUUACAGAUGCAACAGCAGCAGCAGCAACAACAACAAAUACAACAGUUUCAGCAGCACCAACAGCUGCAGCAACAGCAGCAGCAAAUCCUAGGUAACAUUCAGCAACAACAACUUCUACUACAGCCACAAGACCAGCAACAGCUUCAGCAACAGCAAUUGCAACAAAAUCAGCAGCAGGUCCUUGGCAACAUUCAACUUCAGGAUCAGCACCAACAAAAUCAAAUUCUUACCAAUUUGCAACAACAUCAGCUGCAGCAGCAGCAACAACAGCUACACCAAAAUCAGCAACAGCAGCAAGUUCUUGGUAACAUCCAGCUUCAGGACCAACAGCAUCAAAAUCAAAUGCUUACUAAUUUGCAGCAACAUCAGCUACAACAGCAGCAACAACAACAAAAUCAAGCACUGAGCAACCUACAACAGCAACAACAGCUGCAAGAGCAACAGGUUUUGGAGAACCUCCAUCAGCAGCUUCAAGCUGAAUUGUUGCAGCCCCAGAGCCACUCUUCCCCCCAGGUACAGCAACCAGUGUCCCUCCUUCAACAGGCUGGAGAGCUGCUCACCAUCCAGACCAGCUUCCCAACACAACCUCCAUCCCACACAUCUCCUCCACAACAGCUCUUUCAGUCCCCCAGACCUCUUGCUGAGACCCAGAGCUCCCAACAACAAGUGCAGGCAGCGCUGCUUCAGAAUACACUGAAUGUACUAACAAGUGGAAGUCUGAACUCAGAGCAGCAAGUGACGGGAUCAACCCUAUACCUAUCCCCAAACCCUCAGCCCCACGAGCAGCAACAACAGCAGCUUGCAUUCCUCUCCUCCAUGGAGACAUCUACCAGCCAGCCUCAGUCUGUCGCAAUGUUUCAGAACCAACCACAAACCCAGCUGUCCCAAAUGCAACAACAAAGCACUCCCAUGGAGCAGCAGCAGUCUCCCCAGCAGAACCAACAACCACCACCACACCAACAGACAGGUCUUCUCCUUUGUACCACAGAUCUUAACCCUCAGGCUUUACCCUCGACUAUUCUAUUCACCACUCAAACACAAGGCCCUUCUCCUAUGGACAGCAUUACUGUUGGAAUCCCACAGCCAGACUCAGCGGAACCUAUGUCCUUCCAAGAGCAGAGCUCCUCAGGAAGCAACAGUACAUCCCCUGAGACCCAACAGCAGAGCUUGUUCCAGGAACAGCAGCCAAUGCAAGUUGGCCCAGGCCCUAACACCGUCCCAAGCAGUCAACCUGUGGAGCUGUUCCUGCCACAGACAUCUCUGUCUGGCCUACAGAGUACUAUUGGUACACAGGAGCUAACCAACCAGGCUACAGCCCCUGGCACAACCAUUUUUGUUGUUCAGAGUGGUGUGGGUGUGGUUGCCAACCCCAGCCAGCAGCCCUCAGAGCAACUUUUCCAGACAGCAGUGAGUGGGAAUGUGGCACCACAAGGACAACCCAACCUUUUUCUGUUUGGUAUCCAAAAUGAUUCACCCCAGCUUCUCAAUUCAUCUGGUUCCAGUUUUUCAGCUCAAAAUCAGACCCAGAACCCGACUCUACUGCCGCCUCUGUUGGACCAGCCCAUGGCCCAGAGCACAUCUCCAAUGCAGACUGCUAUGCACAGCAGCUUGCAGAACACUCUUCAGGCACAAAUGCAGUCCAGCUUGGAGAAUGCCAUGCAGACAGGUCUACAGAACACAUUGCAGUCCAACACACAAACAUCUCUGCAGGCCACUUUACAGGCAAACAUAGAAACAAGCCUGCAAUCUCCAAUGCAGGCACAGAUUCCGAGUGGCUUACAGAAUACUUUGCAGGCAUCUAUAUCAGCAUCGUCCGACAUUGAUAAAAUUGAGGACAUAUUGGGAAGUCUACAAAAGCAGUGAUACUUUUUAGGUGGGAAGUGCCAUGUAGGCACCAGUUGGUGAUAUGUAGCUGAGAUUUAUCCAUUCUAAUGUCAACAGACUUGUGAUUUGUGGAGUUUUUUGUGCCAGUGUCACAGUACUUCAAAACAUUAGUAAUAUUUAAGAAUUAAACACCCUUUUAUCCCAACAUAAAUUAUAAUUUCACAAGUUUUAUAAAAAUGUCAUGUCAUAGCCUGAGCACAUAUGUCAUGUCAGUUGUUGAAUCUGCUUUUGUUAUUACUCCUCUUGCAGGAUCAGUGAGGCCUGUAAUAACUGCUUUAUCGGUUAAUCCCACAAAUGCAGUGUUCUGUUGUUUUUAAUGAUGUGAUCUUAAAAAAUGUGAUGGCAACAACUGUAAAAGAAUCAAGAAUGUCAGUGACGUAGAAGCAGUGGAGUUAUUGUGAGACAGACUUAAGAUACUGAGGGUAAAGUUUAACAAAAAAAAAAGUCAGCCUUGGGUUUAUGAUCAGAUUAUAUGUCAAAUACCGUUUAAGAGAGAAUCUUGUUUUUGUGAAAACUUCACUGUGCGUAGCAGAUGUGCAAACUUCACUGUGAAAAGCAGAAGAUGUAAUUGGUCAUAUAGAAGGACACAGAAGGCAUAAUAAUAGUCUUUAUGGUUAGUCUGGUUUUGUUUGCAUUUCUCAACUGCUAAAAUGUUUAGUGGAGGAUAGUUGUGAACAUGAGCAUGAACUUCCCUCAGUGUAAAAAAAAAAAAAAAAAAAAAAAAAAAAAAAAAACUUUUUCAAUGAACUGACUGAGAUGUGUUGGAGUACCAAUACAUUCCAGCAGAUUCUGUGCAGUGCAUAACGGGGAGGGAAUAUUAAACGCAUGCAAAAAGAGGACCUGGUGGGAAAAAAAUGUGAAUUGGCCUUUCAUUUUAGCACCUUAGUGUUUCUAUGUUUUGGCCUCAGUACCCAGUUUGCAGAUGUUUUCUUGGUGAAAUUUUAUGUCAUGUUUUGAAGACAAUGCUAACUGUAACAGAUUCAAUGUGGAUUGAAAAACCUGCCGCAAGUGAAAUUUGAGUGUUGUGUGUUUUUUAUAAAUAAUUUUAUCUUAAGCACUUUAUAACCUCCUUUGUGUAACCAGCGAAUCCUUAUAUCCAUCCACACCUCUUGACUGAUCCAGCUGAUUUGUACUCUGAAAUGGCCUUUUAAAAAAAGGAAAAAAAAAUUGAAUACAGUUGUCUUUGUAAAGGUAAAUACAUUAUAAUCAAACAUUUUUACAUUUUCUCAUGUCAAGAAUAUUGCAAGAACUAGGACAACUUUGUAUCAAAUGCUUGCGUACCGUUGAAUCCCUUUUUGUAUGUUGUCCCAGUGGUUUAUUCGAGCGUUGUCAUUUUUAAAUAUUACAACGGCAAGUAGGCCUCCAACACACAAAAUACCGAUUUGUAUCCUUGCCGUGGAAAUGAAGGAUUUUCAUCAUGUUACUAUUUGCUGUUUCACGCUUGAUUUGUCACUUGAGACUGUAUUGUUUGUAGAUAUUUAAAUUUUUUCUUUUUUUGUCUGUGUUGGUACCGUGUGCAGGCUGCCACUGUUUGAAGUGUCCAUUAAGUUGUGAACAGACUCACUGGUAAACUGAUCUCUAUUGCAUAGAGAUGACUGUCGUGUCUCAAGUAUCACAGAUGGGUAACAAAUUAAAGGAUAACUAUUAACCAAUGUGUAAGGUGUUUGGCUACAUGUGCCCAGAACAGCUUGAGUGCUCCUUUGCAUUUACAAAUCUCUGGACCUUUAAUAGAUGGUUGGAACAACAUUCUCCCAAAAGAUAUUCCCUCAUUUGGCAUUUUGAUGAUGUUUGUGUAGAAGGUUAACACACUGGUCCAAGAUCUCCCACUGAUGUUGAAUUGGGUUAAGACAUGGUGACUGCAUUGUUAUACAUGCUACAUAGCACGAUCGGAUGUUAAUUGCACCAUGUUGUGCACCUGUGUGGAAACAUCUGCAUUUGUGUUUUUCAGGUUUUGCUUUAAUUUGUCACCCGUCUGUCUGUAGGACUGACGGACACUUGUGCGUGAUGUUAAUACAAAUGGUUUAUACUUGUAUAAGCAGCACUGACAUGAAUCAUUAGUAUUCAGAGUUGAAUCUAGAGAGCUGGCUGGUGUUGAAGGGUCAGUCCAGAGUGCACCCAGGCAAACCAAAGCUCCUGUUGUGAAUCGUCAACUUCUCUUACUUCCAAAUAUCCUUAUGUUUACUCAUUUCUGUUUAUUUAAACUCAGCAGCUCUUACGGUGAUAGCAAUUCUACAUUUUGAAGUACAAGAUUUGCAAACCUGUGUUAAUGGUACUUUGCAAUCAUUCAUUUAACUAAUUUGAUAUCUAUUUGGAAAAUUUCAUGACUUUAGUUUGUCUGUGUACAAAGUAAUGCUGCAUAUCUACAAUACCCAUCUUGGUGUAAUUGAAAGAAAACUUUAAUGAAAUGGUCAAAUAUUUUGACGAGUGUUGCUCUCAUAUGCAUUUGUUUACAUGUUCAUAGUCAUACUAUGUUGUCCUGCAGAGGUUUGUGAUCCAUUUUAAGCUAUCUUUUUUAGAAUUUUUGUAUCCAUGAAUCAAAUUGUAUUUUUGUACAACUAAACUUUGUUUGUGCUUGGUGCACAGGAUAUCAUUGCUGGAGUGUUUUCCUGAAAUGAAGCGCAAGCUUGUUGUGAAGUUGACUGAAACUACAAUAAAUGUAAUUGAGUGAACAU